AUGAAGUCCUGCGCAAAGCAGCAAGCUGCUGCUGAGAAAGCCACGGCAGAAUGCAAUGGAGAGCCACCGUUGCAGCAGUCGAGCUUGGUUCCGUUCGUCCAAGGUAGCACCUAUACAAGUGGACAACUGCGGCUCUAUGAGGUUGAAUGGGCAGCAAAAUGCCAUUGUCCAUACCGCAUGUUCAAGGACCCCCCUUACUGGAAUAUUAUUCACAUGUUCAAUCCCAACAUCAAAAUGCUGUCUGCCGAUACUGUCACCCAUGAUGUGAAAGAAGUCUACCAGAUCACAAAGAAACAGGUAGUAGCCUUACUUCGGAUACAUGUUGCUCAGGAUGGUUGGGCAGUGCCACAAAAGCUAUCUCUGAUGGGUCUGGUUGCAAUCUGGGUAGCUGAUGGCAAGCUGCAGACAUUGAUGCUGGACAUGGUGCAGUGA